AUGUACCAACCGGCGAGCGGCGGGGAUUACGCCGGCAACGGCUUCCACAGCCCCCACCAAAUUGGUGACGGUGGCGUAGGUGGAGGAGUGGCGCGUGGUACCCGUCGACGGCGGGGCGGCCGGGGAAGACCCCGACUUAGAGACGGUGGUAUUAGUACCGGUAGCGGUGGCCACAGUAACAACAAUUAUAAUAGUAGUAGAAGUAGGGUUUCUAAUUCCUACGGGGCCCACCACACGCAGGACAAUGACGACGGCAGCGGCCCGGACUCUCCCCCACCGCCUCCUCCCUGUACGGACUUCGAUAUGGCUUACUUCAACUCUUAUGCUCAUGUUGGCAUUCACGAGGAAAUGAUCAAGGAUCGUGCUCGCACUGAAACUUAUCGCAAUGCAAUUAUGCAGCAUCAGAGUCAAAUUGCUGGCAAAGUUGUGGUUGAUGUUGGUUGCGGCACAGGAAUUCUUUCAAUAUUUUGUGCACAGGCAGGUGCUAAAAGAGUAUAUGCCGUCGAUGCCAGUUACAUUGCUGUGCAGGCAAAUGAAGUCAUAAAGGCUAACAACCUAUCGGACACAAUCAUUGUUCUGCACGGGCGUGUUGAGGAUGUCGAAAUUGAUGAAGAAGUUGAUGUUAUAAUUUCGGAGUGGAUGGGAUACAUGCUACUCUAUGAGAGCAUGCUGGGAAGUGUGAUUAGAGCUAGGGAUCGCUGGCUAAGACCUGGAGGUCUUAUUCUUCCAUCAAAUGCCACGUUGUACAUGGCACCUGUGACACAUCCAGACAGAUAUGCAGAAAGCAUUGACUUCUGGCGCAAUGUCUAUGGAAUUGAUAUGUCUGCAAUUAUGCCAUUAGCAAAGCAGUGUGCCUUUGAAGAGCCUUCGGUGGAAACAAUCACUGGUGAAAAUGUUUUGACUUGGCCCCAUGUGGUAAAGCAUGUGGACUGCCAUACAGUUACGAUUCAGGAGCUAGAGUCCAUUUCAACAAGAUUUAAGUUUCAAUCAAUGAUGCGAGCUCCACUCCAUGGUUUUGCAUUCUGGUUUGAUGUGGAGUUCAAUGGACCUGCACCAUUCCCCUCCCAGAGCGACAUGUCAUCCUCACUUAUGGCAUCCUCCAACGGUCAUGCUACUGAUUCUUCUCAGCGAAAGAAACGGCCAAAUCCUAAUGAAGCCCUUGUGCUGUCAACUGCGCCUGAGGACCCUCCAACUCAUUGGCAACAGACAUUGAUCUACUUUUACGAUCCAAUAGACGUGGUACAGGAUCAGCUUAUUGAAGGCUCAUUAGUUUUGUCACAAAGCAAGGAAAAUGCUCGAUUCAUGAACAUUCAUCUUGAAUAUUCAUCCGGUGGUAGAUCGUUUGUGAAAGAGUCAGUCAUGCGGUAG